AAAGAAAAGAAAAGAAAAGAAGAAGAAAAAAAAAACAAGGAAAGAAGAUUAAAAUUACAAAAAAAAAAAAAAAAAAAUCUAAGACCAUGGGCCUUGCGACGCGGUAUCUGAUCCCCUUCGUGGAGGAUCACCUACUGCAGAUCUUGGUCUCCUGCCUCGUCGUCGCAGGGAUCCACCGACUCCUACGACGCAUGCGCACUCCAGCAGAUCCGCGCGCAGACAUGGAUCCUCUGUCGGCAUCUGCAACGGAGGCUGAAUCCAAAGCGGAGAAAGGGAGCAGAAAUGUAAUUGACUCAGGAGGUGUCGGGGAUGUGGAGGACGAGGUGGAGGACGAGGAAGAGAAGUCGAAACUGGUGGACCCCCUGUUUCCUGAUGACUUGGAACAUAUCCCUUACAAGCGACCAAGGUUGUCAGCAGAGGAGAGCAUUAAAAAAUCAAAGGAGUUUUACGAACUGAUGAACACACGUCGCUCCGUCCGAUUCUUCAGCUCUGACCCCGUUCCGCGAGAGGUCAUAGAGAACAUUGUCAGAACGGCAGGAACGUCCCCCUCCGGCGCCCACACCGAGCCCUGGACCUUCGUCGUGGUGGGCGACCCCGAAAUCAAGCAGCGGGUUCGAGAGAUAGUGGAAGAGGAAGAGGAAAUUAAUUACAAGAAGAGGAUGGGAAACCAGUGGGUGAAGGACCUGAAGGCGCUAAAGACGUCGUGGGUGAAGGAGUACCUGACGACGGCCCCUUGGCUCAUCCUGGUGUUCAAGCAGACGUACGGGAUGCUGCCUGACGGACGCAAGAGGAACCAUUACUACCACGAGAUCUCGACGGUUCUGUCGUGUGGCAUAAUGCUGUCGGCGAUACAUAACGCAGGUCUCGUCACCCUUACCUCGACGCCCUUGAACUGCGGCCCCGCCCUCAGAACCUUGCUGAACCGCCCGCCCAACGAGAAACUCCUCUUGCUCCUCCCAGUAGGUUUCCCGUCUGAGGAUGCCACGGUGCCCGACCUCAAGCGGAAACCUCUGGAGGAUAUUAUGGUUGUGGCAUGAAGAAGGGGGUUGUUGUGUUCUUCAGGGUUUUUUUAAUGGGGGUUUUAUGUGGUUUCUGUCUGUGUU